UUGCCCCCUCUAGUGAUGAUGAGGAAGAGGAUGAUGAAACGGACCUCUCGUUGGUUGGGAAAUAAGAAGAGCAUGUGAUUAUCUGUCAGAAGUCUCUCAGAAUAGAAUAGGACCUCAAGCAGCAGUGGAGUCGGUUGCAGGAUGAGGCUUCUCUAUCUCUGGGGGUUUCUGCUCUUUGCUGGUCUGGGCGUCUGUGGUAAGAAAAAGUGCAAUAAUGGCAGGGGGAAAGGGAUUCAGUGUUGCCCCAAUGAGCAACGGGAUCAAGACGAGUGCUGCAAGGACAGGGGCAAUAACAAUAACCAAAAUGGAAACGGCAAGAAAUUGUGCCCCCCCAAAAAAACAGAGAGAAGAGAGAAGGUGAUAGAGAAGGUGGAAGACAGAGAGAAGAGAAAAGGAGAGAGAGAAGAUUCAGGGUCCAGAGAGUGUUCAGAUGAGAAUUGUGACAAGGACAAAUCUGAAGAGAAAUAUGAUACAACCAGUACUAAAGCCACCACCACAAGCACCCCCAAAUAUACAUCUAAUAAAGCACAUACAAGCACCACUGAAACCCCCACAGUUACAGAAGACAACAAAACAAGCCCUCCUGAGGAGAAGACUGAUGAUGGUGAUGAUGGUGAUGAUGGUGAUGAUGGUGAUGAUGGUGAUGAUGGUGAUGAUGCCAAUCAGUCCCAAAAGGAUUCCUUAGCCAUUGCCAUGUCUUCACUGGCCAUUGUCCUGCUGAUACUGGGGUUGGCCUCUGCAUUCCUUCUAUUGAAAAAGAAACAGAAGCUACGAGAAAGGAAAGAGCAGAAUGUUAUCAUUGUGGGAAGCUCUGAGGGGCAGACAAAUCCCCCAAAGAAGAUCAAUACGGUUUAUACCACAGCGACGGCUCCGCAGGCACCUGAUCACUUUUAUGAGGAAAUCCCUAAUUUACCACUGGUAACAUCUACUUGUUAUGCGACAGUUGGACUCCCAGUUCCAGGCCAGUCCCAGGAGGGUGGAGAAAAACAUUCUGGGAAUGGACAGUACAGUUUGUUGGGAUUCUCUGCCCUGUGACAGCAACAAAUAUGUCACUCCCUCUCCUUACCCUCACUGCAAUGUCUUUUCCAUUCUCACUAAUCUGCACAACUAAAUCCUCUUUUUUUUCCCCAAGAUGUAAUGGAUUUAUAUUAUAUUAAAAGGAUAUUAGAAGUCA